AUGGAAGCAGCCAGCAGCUAUGACAGAAACGAUACAUUUAAGAGUGAAAAAAAUGGGUCUACAAAAAAUAAUAGAGAACAACAGGAUGAAAAAAAUAACAGUAAUUUAUUGACUAUAUAUUCCUUCAUUAGCAGCUAUGUAUUUAAGGAAGACAUGAAUUAUGACGAAAAUGACAGCAGGUACGAGUUGCUAGAGAGUCAGGAUUUGGAAAAUGAAGGCUGCGAAAAGAAGGUCAGUUUUAGUGAGUAUAACGAAAAGGUGUACCGGUAUUACAGGGGUAGGGGCGGAAGCGACCAGGGGGGAGACGGGGAGGAAGACGUCGACUACGAUGAAAACGAUGAUGAGGAGGACGAUGAAGACGAUGACGAUGAUGAGGUCGACGGAGAGGAAGAUGAUGCAGAAGAGGAGGACGACGAAGAGGAAGUCGAUUGCAAUGUGCACGCCGUGGCGAGUGCAAACGAAGAAGACAUAAUCGUGCAGGGAAGCGUCCCUCUCAAAAAAGCAAAAUCCAAAAAACGCAGAAAGAAGAGAACACCGCCCGGGGAAAAUAAUAUGACCCCCAUGAAGGACACAAAAUACAGAAAUAAGCUGCGCAAAAAGGGAAAAAAAAAUAAAAUCCACAAAAUGAAUGAAGACUAUAAGGAGGACCACAACAACGGUCCCAUCAAAAAGAAUGUUAACAACAUUUCCAAAUAUUUCAUGCUCUCCAUGGAUAAUAUAAACGAACAAGAAAAUAUUUUUAAAGAUGAAAAACAGUUGUCCAGACAAAUGUCCUACUAUAACGAUGCGUACUAUUACACCUCCGAAAUGAUAUAUAAAAAUAAUAAGCGGCAUAAAGAAAAGUUGGCACUGUAUUUAAGAUUAAUGUCUUUGUUUGUCAACAUAAUGAUUGGGAUUUACCUGAUAACACACUUCCCACAUACGAAUAACGAAUUCGAAAUGAACUCCGGGGAAAAUGAAAAUUUGAAAGAAAUUAUUCGAAAUACACUAUUCCCUCCUAAAAAUGGUGCAAAUACACCGUUUGAGGACAGCGCGGAUGUGCAUAUGAACGCACUGACUAGCCAAAGUGAAGUGUUGCAAAAUAAUGAAAAAAAGAGGAAAUAUUUGGACAUCCUCUUUAGAGGCAUUUCCAAGGCUAAGGAGAAGGAGACAAAUGCGGCUUCCCCCCGGAAGGAUGAAAAGAGUAUAGAUAGUAACAAGAAAGAUAAGGACGAUGCCGUGUUAAGGGGCAGUUCUUCCAAUGCCACACCAAAAAGCAGCAAAGCAAGCGAAAAAGAAACUCCCCAAGUUAAUAACCUAAUCACAGAAAUAGACAUAGUAAAUGUAGUCCACGAUGAGUACAUAAUGCAAUACAUAUAUUUAGAAAUGAAUAAAAUAUAUAAAUACGCACUAUAUUCCUUUUUUGGAGAAUUGCUAGUAAUAUCAAUCAUUGUAUUUUCACUAUUCAUUUUAAGGAUCAUUAUAAAAGACAACAAUAAAUUCAGUGUAAUCCUAACAAUGUAUGGAAUAUUGUACAAAAUAUUUUGCUACAUAUUCGCCCAUUACGUGUUAGUUAUGGGUUUGUAUAUCCUUUCAAUUUAUUACAAUAUAUAUGUAAGUAAAGAUUUAAGUGAAAAUAAUUUUAAUUUUUUUUGUUAUCACUAUGUUUGUAAUAAUUUGCAUAUACAUUUACUCAUGUUGUUUUACGCAUUUCAAAAUAUUAUUUUCACCAUAAAUGAUACAUUCAAUUGUAUCAGAAUGAUGUUUAUAAUAUUCAAGCAUGUUAUCGUCAGAAUAUAUGAGAAAAUUACGUGCAAAAAUUUCAUUACAUUUUACGAAUUAAAAGAAGAUAAAUCUCCAUUGUCCUUAAAUUGUAUGAAUAAAUUUAAGAAAAAGUGCAACAUGAAUAAUAAGUGCUGUCGCGAUAAGACCUGCGUGGAAAUAGACAUUGACGAAAUUCACGAGUUGGAAUAUGACAAGAGCCAGCUGCCUUUUCCCAGCCUUCAUCAGAAACCCUACUGCAAGAACUUGGAUAUCAAGACGUAUGAACAGUCCCUCCUGAAUAUGCGCAACCCCAUUUUUAAGUAG